UGCAAUCCUGGCACCUUCUGCUCUCCCGCACCUUGCUGUACUCCCGGAUACUGCUCCAAAUCCAGACCCUGCUGCAAAUCCGGACCUUGCUGCAAAUCUAGUCCCUGCUGCAAAUCUAGUCCCUGCUGCAAAUCUGGAUCCUACUGCAAAUCUGGAUCCUACUGCAAAUCUGGAUCCUACUGCAAAUCCGGACCUUGCUGCAUAUCUGGAUCCUGCUUCAAUUCUGGAUCCUGCUGCGGACCAUGUGGGUCCUGCUCGAGUGGCUGUGCCGAAUGCUCGUCCUCCUGCUGUGGGAUAUUCCCCGAAACCUGCUGCGGCCCGUGGUGUGAGUCCUGUCUGGAUCCUGCCUGGUUCUCGUGGCUAGCUCCCGAUCUCGGCCGAUCCUGCUGUUGUGCUUGCAUGACCUGUUGUCGAUCCAAGUGCUGAUGAGACCUGGAUAGUGGAGCGUUGUUGUGAAAGAUUGUGGGAAGUAACCAUAAUAACAAAUCAUUUGUAAAAAAUUUCAAAUAAAAUUAAAAAUUGUGUACUUAAAUUA